AUGUCACAGAGAAGCUCGAAAAUAAUUCCAUCCUCUUAUGGCUUAACUGAUUCAGACAGUGAUCCAGAUAAUGAAAAUCAAAUUAAUGUAAUAAUAACGACACAGAAAUAGAAGAGCUAUAUGUAGUACUUCUGAAUCAGAAGCUGAACAGAUUGAAACCCAUGACAAUAACUACUCUGAAGUAUGGACGUUAAAAACAUUCGUCCCCAAAAUAUAUAAGUUUGCGGUAGCGGAUUCAAGAAUUAAAAGAAAUAUUAAUAGAUCCGCAAAAAUCUUAGACUUUUUCCAACUUUUACUUUCUGAAGAGCUCGUAGAGUUGAUUGCAAGCGAAACUAAUCAAUAUUGGUCUCGAAAGAAUAAUAAUAACGUAAAUAUAUGGAACAGGACUAGCCGAAUUAUAUUGUUUUUUGCUGUGUCAUUAUUGAUGACACGCAACAAGAAAUUAUCAUUAGCAGAGUACUUGAGUACAGAUAAACUUCUGCGUAGCGAUAUCUUUGGAGAAGUAAUGACGAGAGACCGUUAUUUCAAAUUACUACAAAUGCUACAUUUCACCGAUGAUAUUGGUCAUACUAAUGAUAAUGAUCGUUUGUACAAAAUGCGAAAUGUCGUUGAAAUAUUACGAAAAGCAUUUAAUGAAUCAUUUCAGCCUUAUCAACGGCUAUGCAUUGUCGAAAGUCUGCUUUUGUAUAAAGGGCGACUUUCUUUUAACACGUUAAGUGCCCAGCCGGUCCCGACGGACCGGCCGCAGACUUUUCGUUGA